CUGCCUCCAGGAUGCAGACCUUCAGAGUUUAUCGUUACGAUCCUCUCACGCAAGACAAACCACACAUGCAGGAGUUUAACAUUGACUUGGCUCAGUGUGGUCCGAUGAUUUUGGACGCUCUCAUCAAAAUCAAAGACACUCACGACUCCACUCUGGCUUUCCG